AUUAUUCAUCUUGUCUGCAGGAAUUGGGGUUUCUUCUGAAAUGAUCUUUACAAGUGCUAUCUUUGGUUAUGAAUUUUAUGAUCUAAUUUGCAUUCAACAGUUUCCGCAAUGCAAUUAGUGUCAAAUGACAGUCGGGCAGAGGAUAUUUUGGAAACAGAGCCGAUUUUAUCUCAGUCCGCUACUGCCAAGAGAUCUGAGGAGUCUUCAUCUUCAAUUGAAAUCACUGUCAGCGGAGAAUUUUCUCUAACAGUCGAUGAUUCACCAAGUGGUGAUGCAGAUGAAAACUGUUCUUUAGUACAUGCAGACCAACCACUUUGCCGUAUAUGUCUUGAUACUGGAGGAGAAGAUCUGAUUGCGCCAUGUCAUUGUAAAGGCACACAGAAGCAUGUCCACAGAUCAUGUCUUGAUAACUGGAGAUCAACAAAGGAGGGCUUUGCCUUUUCACACUGUACAGAAUGCAGGGCAGUGUUCAUAUUGCGUGCAAAUGUUCCACCUGACCGCUGGUGGUUGAGGUUGAAAUUCCAGUUCCUUGUUGCUAGGGACCAUGCCUUCAUUUUUGUUAUUGUUCAGCUGUUUUUGGGAGUCUAUUUGAGGUACUUAAUUAUGGACUUUCAGCAUGCAUAUAUUGAAACUCUGCAGAUUGUAGCAUUUUUGGGUGUGUUGGUCUACAAAUUUUAUGGAGAGGAACUGAGGGAAAUGUUUGGUUAUGAAGAACAUCCUUACGGUUUUUAUACCAUGGCAGUUUUGGCAGUUGUGUUGGUGGGUUUGCUUUAUGGUUUCUUCAUAGCUAUAAUUUGUGGACAGAGGAUCAAUGAACGCCACUACCAUGUACUUGCCAAACAAGAAUUGACAAAGGAGUACAUAGUUGAAGACCGAGAAUCCAGUAAAGAUGUCCCAGAUCUUGAUCCCAGCCACAUUACCGAGCUAAGAAUGUUGGGCCUCUAUUAAGGUUCCCCAUUAUUAUGGAUUCAGAACUUUAUAAGCCAGAGGGUUUUGUGGUGGCAGUGGCACAUCUGGUCUCUCAGAUGCACAAAUUACACGUAGCAAUCCAACCCCAUGUUGAAUCGUAAUAUGUAAAUUUUACCUGUCCCCAGGUCCCGUGCUUUUUUUUUUUCCCUAGAAGAAAUCUCAUUUAAUCACAAACAUUGUUUCACCAUUGGAAUUACAAAUUGAUCAUCUUCUUUUAUUUCCUUGUUUUGUUGUUAAUACAACUGGUGAUCACACAAAAGCAAUGAGAACAUUGUGGAAGGCUUGUAAAGCCCAGUAUUUGGGAUAAUCAGUUUGUUCUUACGUUAAGUUUACAGUGCAUGUCUCAGGGUAUUUUGAAA